AUGUCGCUGCAGAGCCCGCCCGCGGCUGCGGCUGCCGCCGGCCUGUCUCCCGGCGCGGAGCUGGAGCGGGAACAGGGCAGCGCGGCUCCGCCGGCGGCCGAGGAGGACGGCGAGGAUGAGGAAGAAGAGGAGGAAGAAGGGGAGAAGGAGCGAGACGAGUUGCCGGCCAUCCCAGCGGCGUGCGGCGCGGCGGCCGGGGGAUUGGAAAGAGGAGCAAAAAAUCAGUUUUCUACUUUCAGCAAUUUCAUCACAACUAUCAACCAAAAGAAGGAAGGCACCGGAAACAGAAAUUCACCCACACAACUUGUUAUACCGAGCAUCAAAAAUGUGAGAGACCUACCACCUAUUUGCCUCGAUGUUAGACAAAAGCAGCGCAUCUCUAUAGAUACACUGCCCCAGGAACUCAAAGCACGGGUCCCUCCUCAACCUUCCCUUCCCAUCCGAACCAAAACUGUGAAAGACUUUCAGGAUGAUAUGGAAAAGGCAAAGUCAUCAGGAGAUUGGAAGGCCGUACAUGAGUUUUAUUCUACAACAUUUGAUUCUUUCCUGGAGAUAAAUGCUGCGUUUAAGAAAGAUGCCAAUUCUCCAUUUAAUACAACUGAAGACUCUGGAAUCAAUGCAAAAUUUGUGAAUGUUGUCUAUGAUGCCUUAUUAAAUACUCCUCAAGAUGUUCAGAAGUCAGUCCUAAAGGGAAUAAUUAAUGGUCUGCUACAAGAAUGGAAAGGACCACGGACAAAAGAUGAUCUUAGAGCAUACUGUAUACUUCUACAGAAUCCUCAAUUUAGUAACACUUCUACUUAUGUCAUCUAUGCUCACUUGCUAAGACAGAUAGCAGCCUUAACAGAAGCUGACCAUCAUUUCCUAGUGCACUGGUCUAAAAAGAUCGCACAGAGAAGAUUCAAGCAGGUAGUGGACAGAUUGCUGCAAUUUAUUUCUUUACGCCUGUUUCCUGCAAAACCUGAAGAGUUUCCACCAAUGGUGAAAUGUACCUGGUGGAUUCCAUCAGCAACCAAAGUCCUGGCUUUAUUUAAUGCUGCAAAUAGUCUGAUCAGCCCUCCUAUUAUUUCAUAUACGGAUUUCUAUAAUUCUACUCUUGAUCAUAUUGAUCUUAUGGAAGAGUAUCAUAACUGGCAAUGUUAUGGAAAUUCUCACAGGUUUUCUUUCUGUCAACACCCAUUUAUUAUCUCUAUAGCAGCGAAAAAAGUUAUUAUUCAAAGAGAUUCAGAACAACAAAUGAUAAGUAUUGCACGGCAAAGCCUUGUGGAUAAAGUCUCUCGCAGGCAGAAACCUGACAUGAAUAUGUUGUUCCUAAAUGUGAAAGUGAGGAGGACACACCUCGUUAGUGAUUCACUUGAUGAGCUAACAAGGAAGAGGGCAGAUUUGAAAAAGAAGUUGAAAGUCACAUUUGUAGGAGAAGCUGGUCUUGAUAUGGGUGGCCUGACAAAAGAAUGGUUUCUCCUCCUCAUUCGCCAGAUUUUUCACCCAGACUAUGGCAUGUUCACAUACCACAAGGACUCUCACUGCCAUUGGUUCAGCAGCUUUAAGUGUGAUAACUAUUCUGAAUUCCGACUAGUUGGAGCUCUUAUGGGCCUUGCUGUCUAUAAUAGCAUCACCUUGGAUAUUCGUUUUCCACCUUGUUGUUACAAGAAAUUGUUGAGUCCUCCUAUUGUUCCCUGUGAUCAUAACACACUUGUGGGCAUCUGUGACAUCACAUUAGAUGACCUAUUUCAGAUAAUGCCUGAAUUAGCCCAUGGACUGAGUGAACUUCUGUCCUAUGAAGGCAAUGUUGAAGAGGAUUUUUACUCUACCUUUCAGGUUUUUCAGGAAGAAUUUGGUGUUAUAAAAUCUUACAACCUAAAGCCAAAUGGAGAUAAAAUUCCUGUCACAAAUCAAAAUAGGAAAGAGUAUGUGCAACUUUAUGUUGAUUUUCUUCUGAACAAAUCAAUCUACAAACAAUUUGCAGCUUUCUAUUAUGGAUUUCAUAGCGUCUGUGCUUCGUAUGCAUUACUGCUGCUUCGUCCUGAAGAAGUUGAAAUUCUUGUCUGUGGUAGUCCUGAGCUGGAUAUGUCUGCUUUACAGCGAAGUACCCAAUAUGAGGGCUACCAGAAAACUGAUGUUACUAUACGAUACUUCUGGGAUGUUGUACUUGGAUUUUCUCUUGACCUUCAAAAAAAGUUACUGCAUUUUGCUACAGGAAGUGAUAGAGUACCUGUGGGAGGUAUGGCUGAUUUGAAUUUCAAGAUUUCGAAGAGUGAAACAUCUACUAAUUGGUUGCCUGUGGCCCAUACCUGUUUCAACCAGCUUUGUCUCCCUCCUUACAAGAACAAGAAAGAGUUGAAGCAAAAGUUGAUCAUUGGAAUUUCAAAUGCAGAAGGUUUUGGCCUAGAAUAAAACAAGAUACUUCAAAAACAGCAUUGUUAUGUAGCACUCACUCUCCUCUAAUUGUGCCUUUAAGCUUUUUGUUGUCUUGGUACUGUGCAAGUCUUAUCCAACAUACAUAUUUUUUAAUUCAGUAUUAAGUGUGUGGUUCUCUCCUUAACGGCAAUACAUUCACUGCUUGCUUUGUCACAGAAAGUAAUUUUCUUCAUACUAAAACCUAGCCUAUUUGAUAAAAGAAACUUGAUGAAGAAAAUUUCAAGUUGUAUGUUGUUUCCAUUUUUUCUUAAUGGCACUUUAUCUUUAAUUGUAAUUACUUUACAUCAUGUGUAUUCGUCUGGGAAAUAGUAUAAAGAAUAUUUCUUCAUUAGCUAGUCCCAGUGAUGGUAUGUUUUCCAUUAACAUAAAUAGUAGAAAAGAUGUAACUUACAGCAUGUAGCCAUAUUUUUUCAAAUUCAGCAAAUAGGAAUUUUAGUCUUUUUAAAAUGUAUGCAGUUUUAAUAUUCUGGUUUCCCUCUCAGUUAAACAGGCUGUGUAAGAAGCAUGUAAAUAAGUGCCUGUGAACAAAUAGAGUUUUGAUAGUUCCAUUUACUGCUAAAAAUAUUUUUUAUUAAUAAGAGGUUUUAGAUGUUCUAUAUUUGGCUUUUACAAAUCAACUGCAUCGACUGUACAGAGAAUGUUAAGAGGUCCUUUAUUCACCAUGAGGGAAUCGAGGCCAAGCUACAGGUACUGAGCAACUUUUCCAUUUCAUUCUUUGAAACUGCUGGCGACUAAUCAGAUCUACUCUAGUGUCAUAGUAAGCAAAGCCAGAUAUUUAACGUAAAUUCCACAUACACUGAAAAAUUUCAGGAACAUAACGAAAUGUGCAACACACAGAAAAGUGAUACGUAGUCUACUUGCCAAUCAUUUUGUCAGGAACUUUUAUGAAAGUGUUAAGUGAGUGAUGGAAAGAGUGAAUACAAUAACAGAAGAAUGUGGAAGAUGUCUUUAGCCUUAAGGCCAGCAUUUAAAGACAAUUUUUUUGUGGUUUUCACUUUACAGCUAUAUGAAAAUAAUUCUUGGUCUGAGUGUUCUGAAUUAGUAAGUUAGGAGCUGGAGAAGAUACUGGUUCCAAAAUGAAAGUGUAAUUGUAAGUCUAGGUUUCAUUCAUUAAAUUGAGAGAAUUUAUGAGUAUGCAGUAUAGAAACCUUUAUAAUAUGAAUAGCUACUGUGUAUUUUAUGAAUCUUUCUUUCAUUUGAACAAGGCCCAGAUCUUUCAAAAUAUUUAGGCAUCCAAUUUGUCAGUCUUCCCAGCUGACUUCUGCUGGAAGUUGGAUGCUUAAAUAGCUUGUAGUGUCUGUGCUCAAUUAUUUAUUUGUAAUAAGAGUACAUUAUUCUUCUACAAUCAACAGUUUCACAUGAUCAACAAAUUAAUCUUCCUAAUUUGUAGUUUCAGAGCUGUUGUGCAGUUUCUUCAGCAGCUAAGUGUGAAUUUUAUUUUAUUCUCCUUCCUGGAGAAGUUACUGAUGAUUUUACAGUUUUAUUGAAGGAGAGAUAAAUAGUAGAGUAUUUUAUGAUAUUUGGCACUAUUCAUUGUGCUUUACUCAAAAUUGAUAUUAAAAUUUCUAUUGACUUCAGCCUGGGGCAAAGCUAGGUUAGCACAGCGAAUUUUAAAAGCAGCAUUUCAAACUCAUGCAUUUUGCAUUAUUGCUCUCAAAUGAAGAUUUAAAAUAAAUUUGAAUUUACAGUAUUUCACGUUAAGAAAAAAAUGAGACAUUCAUUGCUGCACUGAAUGAUCAGGACAGAAAUUUGAAAUUGCUAAAAGCUGAACGUGGGUAUACAAACACCCCUUCCAUUUCCCUUCUUUAUAGAACAGGGCUUACAGAAUGUUGGUUUGUGAAUACUUAUCUAUACAGUUUAUCUGAAAAUGUGGCAAAUUAGCCAAAAUAUUUUUUUAUGGCUGAAGCCCACUUUUAAUAACUAUUUAUCUAUUAUUGUUAAAUAAAAGCUUUAUUUUAUUUUCACUGAAUUGCACUUUGCCUUGAGUUUAGUUUUAUUUAUUAAUGCUUUUUUGAUUUUACUGUGUAAUAUUACCUCAGAAUUCUAAAAAAGCUAUUGUAUUUGCAUUGGUUUUUAAAUAAGAUGGUCAUUCAAUAACAUUUUAUAUAUUUCCUGAUGUUGAUAAAUAGUAAAUUUUUGUAUUUGUUAAAUGAAAGCAUUGCACUGUAUUUAUGAAACAAGCCUCUGAUCAUUUUAAAACUUUUCUUCAAUGAUGGUUUUUUCGUUCUUUUGUCUUGCCUGUAAUCCAGCAAUUUUUUUUUUAUUCUCCAUCAUUGUUUUGUAACAUACAAAAGAAAUCUGGUUUGUAUAAACUUGUUCAUUCCUAAGUAUCUAUUUUUAUGUAUU